UAAAGAUAAAGCAUACUUAAUUGGGUACAAAAAUGAGACUGAAAAAAUUCUUGAUUAAUGUCACUAGGAAAUUGAACAAGCGGUUCUGAUGGAAAGAAGAUCACCCACCAAGGAAGCAAUUAAAACACUCUUGUGCGUUCAUUAGUCAUCCCAAUUCCCAAACUUGUCAACAAGUUAGAACACAGGUAGCUAAGUAAUGCAAUAAGGCCUAUACAUAAUGCAAUUUAUCAUCCCUGUAAAAGUUUAUAGUGAUUAUCAACUAGCGUGAAUGUGUGAUGGACUCAAAGCUUAAGGUAGAAGGUUUUAGGCUUCUUGUCAGAAAGGUAAGAUGUCUAAAAGGUUGCUUCUUUACCCAAAAAAGGAUUACUGACCUUAGAGGAAAAUUAAUCAAUAAAGAAUCAAUUAAAGAAGAUACUAAACCAGGAUGCUAAGGAACUGAGAAGAACAAGCUUAUUGAUGAAAAGAUACAAAUAUUGGUUUGGUGAAAAGCAGAAAGAUGCCAAACUCAAGCCCCAGAAAAAUCUAAGGUAUCAGAUCCAAGCCUAUAUGCCUACACUAAAAUCCCAUUUUUGUCAGACCACUAAUCACCACAGUUCAUCAGAAUCAUCCAACCGAAACAUGGCAGAACAGCCCAGCAGGAAGAAAUUACGCUUCAGGUUAUCAUCAGCAAACAAAGCAUCAGCUCCUCCCCAACCUCCAGUUCAGCCACCAUUGCCAACCCCUAGGCCUCCACCAAGGUCUGAGUCUCAAUCCCCAUCACCAUCUCACUUAGCCCCUCCAUCUAAGGCCCCAUCACCAUCUUACACAACCCGCCCACGGAUAGGCUCGCAGCCCCAAUCACCAUCUCGCACCCUCUCUAAACCAUUGACCAGAACAUCCUCACAAAACCCAUCUCCAUCUACAACAAGGCAAUCCCUUCCUUCACAACCUCAAUCUCCAUCAACAUAUCAGACCUCUCAGGCAAAAACCCCUCCUAAACCAAAAUCAGGGUCUUCAGUGGUUACUUCUACACUUACUCAGCCUCCAAGAUCAGAAAAGAUGGAAGGAGAGAAGCAUAAACCAAUACCAGAGACAAGGAAACAAGAGAAGCUGAAAGGCUUGGCUACUAGUCAUCAGGAGCCAGCAGAACGCACAAUCACUGAAGUUCGUCGCAAUAAGGCAUCAGGAUCAAUGACAAAGAUGAAGGAGCAAUCAGGUAUAGCAUCUCAAACAGAACACAUGCAACUUAACAAGCAAAUAUUUCUGGAUGGAAAGAAGACAACAGUGACAGGCUCCAAAGGAAGGGAGAGCAAAGAACAACUCCCCCCAAGUUUUACAGUAUCUCACCAUGAACAACAACCCCCCUUGGACAAAGAAAUCAAGGGAUUGGAAGUGGGGAAUCCCAAGGAGCCCAUAGAUGAGAACAAAGUGGCUGUCAUAACCCUGGCUGGUGAAAAUAGAGGAGCAGCCAUGCACAUAGGUACUGAGUCAGCUAAAAGAGAAGAGUCAAUUCAUAUACACAGGAGCUACAAGCUUAAUCAGGAAGGCCACCAAGUGGAAGGAACCACCGAGGAUGAGGGAAGUGCUGAAGCAAGCAAUUUGGAUGAUUCAAAGACAGAAGGCAGAUCACCUGCAAUGUUCAUUAACAGCAAUACACAGAGCAUCAACAAUUCACUUCUUUUGGACAGUUGCUUCAGUGAAAGGAGCCCAGGAGCUCACUUAGUUGUCUCUCAGAAAGCAAUGGAUGCUAUCAACUUGAAUACAGGAGCAGCACAUUUGGAGGAAGACAAGGCCAAUUUGAACACAGCUCCUCAGCCUGUGGUUAGAAGAAGGUGCCUAAGGGCUCUUUUCAUGGAGUCCAGUGAUUCUGAUCCAGAUAACCCAAACAAGCCCAGGCGGCAUGGUUGUCGUUAUAACUGUGGGGAAAGUAAAGUUGGCAAGGAAAAUGGACAAAGUUCUUUGACCAAGUAGUGAGUCACAAGCUAGCCUACAACUUCUAGUCUCCAUCUGGAAUAUAUAGGUGUGGUAAUUCGAGAACAUAGGGGGAGCUUUAUCAGGGCCAGAUCCUUAAAUACAUCUUUAUGCUCUCCAACUUAGAAUGUGAGGCACAGUUGAAGUUG